GCCCAGAGCCCAGGGCCAGGGAGGAGGAGGAGGAGGAGGACUUGGCCGGACUCCGAGAGAGAGACCCCUGCGCCGGCGGCGGCGUUGCUGCGCAAAGGAGCGAGAGCGGCGCCCGAGGCGCUCCUUGGCUGCCUCCCUCCCUCCCUCCCCCGGAGCCGGCUGUACAAUCCUCGGCAGUGUCCUGAGACUGUAUAGCCGCCGCCUCGGGGGCUCGGGUCCGACUCUCAGCCCUCCUUCGGCCCCUCUGGCUUUCGGACGGCUGGCUCCCGGAGCUGCAUCAGGAGAGCGGCAAAAGGGGCGGCAGCCUUGGCAGCAGAGCAGCCUCCAGGAGGGAGCUUCCCAGCCGCCUUUUCUGGGGGUUUUGGGGGCCCUUGGGAACCCCAAAAGUGGCGCUUAGGGACAGGAGCCGCCUUCGCCGGAGACGCCUCCCGAGGAGCCCUUAGGAAACUAGAAGGCUCCAGGAUGACAGCCGAGAAGGAGAAGAAGAGGAGCAGUUCCGAAAGGAGAAAGGAGAAGUCCAGGGAUGCAGCAAGGUGCAGAAGAAGCAAAGAGACUGAAGUGUUCUAUGAGCUGGCCCAUGAACUCCCUUUGCCUCACAAUAUUAGCUCACACCUGGACAAAGCAUCCAUCAUGCGUCUUGCAAUCAGUUUCUUACGGACACACAAACUAUUAUCUUCAGUCUGCACUGAAAAUGAGAGAGAAAUUGAGUCAGACCAGCAGAUGGACAACUUGUACCUGAAAGCUUUGGAGGGAUUUAUCACUGUCAUCACACAAGAUGGAGACAUGAUCUUUUUGUCAGAGAAUAUCAGCAAAUACAUGGGCUUGACGCAGGUGGAAUUGACUGGGCACAGCAUUUUUGACUUCACUCACCCAUGUGAUCAUGAGGAAAUUCGAGAAAAUCUGAGUUUGAAAAAUGGUCCAGGCUUUGGGAAAAAAAACAAAGAGAUGUCCAUGGAUCGUGACUUCUUCAUGAGAAUGAAAUGCACAGUUACCAACAGAGGCAGAACUGUAAAUCUCAAAUCUGCCACAUGGAAGGUUUUACACUGCACUGGACAAAUUAAGGUCUAUAAUACCUGCCCUCCUCAUGCUCUGUGUGGCUAUAAGGAGCCUCUCUUGUCCUGCCUUAUAUUAAUGUGUGAACCUAUUCAGCACCCUUCCAAUACUGACAUCCCAUUGGAUAGUAAGACCUUCUUGAGCCGACAUAGCAUGGACAUGAAAUUCACCUACUGUGAUGACAGGAUAACUGAAUUGGUUGGAUACCAUCCUGAGGAGCUGCUUGGCCGUUCUGCAUAUGAAUUCUACCAUGCACUGGACUCUGAGAGUAUGACCAAAAGCCAUCAGAACUUGUGUGCAAAAGGUCAAGUAGUCACUGGACAGUACCGCAUGCUUGCCAAGCAUGGUGGAUACGUGUGGCUGGAGACUCAAGGAACAGUAAUUUACAAUACACGCAACCUGCAGCCCCAGUGUAUCAUCUGUGUCAACUAUGUUCUGAGUGAAAUUGAGAACAAUGAUAUCGUGUUCUCCAUGGAUCAAACAGAAUCACUGUUCAAGCCUCGAAUGAUGGCAAUGAAUCCAGUGUUUGAGAAUGGAGUCCCAGUGUCAGAUAAGAGUGAUUUCUUGUACACCAAGUUGAAGGAAGAACCAGAAGAACUGGCACAAUUGGCACCAACACCCGGAGAUGCUAUUAUAUCUCUUGACUUUGGGACACAAAAGUUUGAGGAAAUCUCUACCUACAACAAAGCUGUGAUGACCCCAAACAAGUUAUGGCCGCCUGAAGCAAAGAGCCAGCCACCUCAGCCAGAAAAGCUAAGCGUGCCAUCGUUUACAUUGCCCCAGGUUGCACCUGGCAGCACCACCCCCAGCGCCAGCAGCAACAGCAGCUGUUCCACUCCAAGUAGCCCAGGAGACUAUUACACUUCCUUAGAUGAAGACCUAAAGACUGAGAUGAUUGAGAAGCUUUUUGCCAUGGACACAAAUGCCAAAAGUCAGUGCAACUCACAGACUGACUUCAGUGAACUGGACCUUGAAACCUUGGCCCCUUACAUUCCCAUGGAUGGAGAAGAUUUCCAGCUGAGUCCCAUCUGUCAAGAGGAGCGCCCUCUCUCUGAAAACGCUCAGCUCACUCAGCAGAGUUUAAGUAACAUGAACAACCUCUUUCAACCCUUGGCUCCUUCCUCACAGAACCAAUUCAUCCCAGAGAAAUAUUGCCCACAAAUGUCUGACAAGAACAUCAACACGGGUCAAGGGACUCUGCCACCAGCAUUCUUCAACAGUGGCAGCCAGUCAGCAUCUUUGCUGCCCUACUAUGCACAAGUCAGCACUCCCCUGUCUUCGAUGGGUGGGAGACCAAACACACAGUGGCCACCUGACCCACCAUUACAGUACACACCUACCAAAUGGAGAGUCAUGGGCAAUAAGUGUUCCAGAGCCUUAGCUAGCGCUCCAUCAGGGCCACCGCUGCAUUUGCCGAAUGUGAAUUUAUAUAAGAAAAGAACACUGGAGAGCUUUGGACAGCGGGGCAUAGAUAUAAACCCUGCACGAAUUGCUCUCACCAACAGCUUGAAGCUGAAGCGGCAGCUGGACUAUGAAGAACAAGCUUUUCAGCACCUGAAUGGGCCACAAGGAGAUACAUCUGGCAUUAAUCCGACACACUUAAUGUGGAAAAGGAUGAAAAUUCUCAGAGGUGAAAACUGUGCACUGCUCACAGAAAAGAAGUCUCUCAGCACAAGUGUCCUUAACGAUGAAUUUCUUUGUAACCCUCAAAGAGGCUCAGGCCAAUCAGUGAAUAUGGUGCAACAGCAACCGCAGCAUCCUCCACCCUCCUCUGGCAGCUCUGCUAACAACCCCAAAGCUGUUUUCUCCCCUCACUUUUACAAUCUCCCUUAUCAGGACUUCAGUGUGCCUCCAGCUCAUAGGAUGUCAGGAAUGACAAGUCGUCUGCUUGGCUCAUCAUUUGAACCCUAUUUGUUGCCGGAAUUGACCCGAUAUGACUGUGAGGUUAAUGUCCCGAUGGUGGGCAGUUCAACGCUUCUGCAAGGAAGUGACUUGCUUCGAGCUCUUGACCAAGCGACCUGAGUGAAGUCUGCAGCGUUCCCUGGCCUAUACUGUUCAAAACAGCUGCAGUUUUAAAAUCUAUUUUUGCAAGUAGACAAUUUCUAAUACUGAUUACACUUUUACAAGAUUUUACUUAUCUAUUGAACUUGUCCACAUUACCAAAUAGUGGCCUUUCUGUGGAAGUUACUCACUUUUCUUAUUCGUAUUAAAAGAAAUAUGCAUCUACUGUAUUUCUCCUUCUAUUUCGGUAAAGCGUUUCUUAGAAGAAUUUAUAUUAUAUGAUUCCCCUUGUGUGUAAUUUAUAUGAAACUUCCUAAGUAUUCAUGCUAAUAAAAAAAAGCUAUGGUGUGCUAAUGCCUCUAUGUAA